GCGGUGUCCGGGCAAAUCAUCUCCUCCGAUUUCUGAUUCCCAAGCAUCUCGUUCCCCGACCAUCGCUCUGGUGUUGUGUGCCUGACCGGCUUGGUUGCUCGUCUCUCUUUUGCUUCUUUCACCAUGAGCGCUACUUCUGCCGCAAUGCCCAAGGCUGCGGCUCUCCCCGCUCGUUUACUCCGGACUUCGCGACGAUACUCCAAGCAGAGCCCGACGACGGCGCAGACUCGGGUCUACGCCUCGACACUGUCGUCGAUUGACAAACGCCCGCAGGAUGUCGUCGGGAAUAAGAAACACCCCGUUUUCUCCUCGUCAAGAAUUUUCCAUACUACCGCUCCCCUCGCAGCGAUUGCCGAUCCCUACAGAACCCUCGGCGUAGACAAGGGCGCAUCGGCAUCCGAUAUCAAGAAAGCAUACUAUGGAAUGGCCAAGAAAUACCACCCGGAUACCAACAAGGACCCUAACGCCAAGGAGAAAUUUGCAGAGGCUCAGACCGCAUACGAACUGCUUUCCGAUGCCAAAAAGCGAGAGAACUAUGACCGGUUUGGCUCCGCGGCUUUCGACCAGAACGGCGGCUUCGAUCCUAGUGCAGCUGGCGGCAACCCGUUUUCUGGUGCAGGAGGUUUCGGUGGCUUCGGUGGCGGCUUCGGAGGUGGUUUCCCGGGCGGUUUCUCGGCGGAUAUCAACUUUGAGGAUCUUUUCGGCGCUUUUACGGGAGGUGCUCGUCGUUCCGGUCGGGGCAGACGCAGCCCAUUCCAGGAGGUUCUGGUGGGUGAGGAUGUUGAGGUUCAGACCAGCAUUUCCUUCAUGGAAGCCGCCAAGGGUACAUCCAAGGACAUCGUCAUCAAUCCACUCACCGAGUGUGGUACUUGCAAAGGCGACGGGCUGAAGAAGGGCGCCAAGCGCACCCAGUGCCGUCAAUGUAACGGCUCUGGAACCCGGGUGCACCUCCUGCAGGGAGGCUUCCAGGUGGCAGCCACUUGCGAUGCCUGCGGCGGUGCAGGCAUGAAUGUCCCUCGAGGAUCCGAGUGCAGUCCUUGCAGCGGCAACGGUGUGGUCAGAGACCGGAAGACCAUCCAGGUGGACAUCCCGGGUGGUGUCGAAGACGGCAUGCGAUUGCGGGUGGCCGGCGAGGGAGACGCGCCCCCCACGGGAGCGUCGGCCGCGCCUGGCUCUCGCACGCAACGAGGCGAUCUCUUCGUCUCCAUUCGGGUGUCCCCCGACCAUCGCUUCACCCGCUCCGGCUCCGAUAUUCUUUACACCGCCUCCAUUCCUCUGACCACCGCUCUCCUGGGUGGCGAGGCCACCGUGCCGACCUUGGAUGGCGAGGUUAAGGUGAAGGUUGCCACCGGUACGGGCACCGGUGACCGCAUCACGCUCUCCGGAAUGGGAAUGAAGAAACUCAGCGGCCGAGCCCGCAGCUUUACCCCCACCGGUGACCUGAGAGUCGAAUUCAAGGUGGCCAUGCCGAAAUACCUGACCGGCAACCAGCGGACCAUUCUGGAGGUCCUGGCGGACGAGAUGGGUGACAAGACUGCCAAACGAAUCAUGAAUGUUGGACAGGAGAGCUCAUCUGAAGCCACGUCCGAAGACUCGUCGAAGGACGAGGGCUUCAUCAAGUCGGCAUGGCACAGGCUCAUGAAGCACAAGAAGGCCUCGGAAUCCGAAAGCUCGACGGGGGAGUCGGACAAGAAGUCGGAAGGCUCCGACAAGAAAGACGACAAGUCGGGAUCGAGCUGAAGGAGUUAGUCAGGAAGUGUGUAAUUAUUCGUGGGGAUUUUUGGAGAUAUCAUAGCGCCGGCGACAUAAGGGGUUUUUCUCUGUACGAUUUCUGCUUUGGGAGGGUGUCAAUAGAGACUGGGAUAUCCUGGAUGUACAGUAGCAUGUACCAUUAGAAAUAGACUCUCUACUUCGCA